UGGCAAUGAAUUAUUUUGAAAGUUCUUUCAAAUCACUGCCAAUGAAGUGACGAAAAGGACUGACCAAGUCAAAUAGUGUGUUCCAUUUAGAGUGUUUGUAGUUGCAAGGGAAGAGUGGCAAAAAUAACUGGAUCAUGACUUCAAACUUAAUGAGAGGAACUGGGCGUGUGUGUAUGUGGCGUCUGUUCGGUCUCUGUGGGGCAUCAGGCUGAGAAAAACCCUUGACCAUUUCUGAAGAAUGCUGUGGAUUAACAGUCGUCCAAAUGAUUAUACUGGAAAAUCCUUUUUAAUGUUAAAGGAUUCACACAGAAUGUUUUUUGUUCUUCUAUGAGACAACCGGAGAAGUCUAAUUUGAUUUUCUCAAAAAUGAUGCUUCCUAAACUGGACACCUGACAUUUUGUCUUAAAAUGAGAGAGGAUGGAUAGCACAACCAACCCCGUUUCAGAGUCUAAUCUUACCAAUGGAUUUAUCAAUAGUGUUUUCAAUGUCUCAGCUGACGAAGACAGCAAAACUGAGAUCUCAUGGAUUCCAGAGUCCAAUUCAUCAGACUCCAUUACUCCCUGUCAGACUCUCAGAAGAGAAAAACAGGAACCAAACCGGCGCUCCAGGACUGCGGCCAUCUGGAGGAUCCUGAACCGCCGCAAGGCCACCUCUGACCUGGACAGGCGACCUCACUCAGUGAUCCUCCCAGGCGAAGCGUCCUUUCUAAAACUGUCGAUCACAAACAAAGUAAGGUCCUUCAAGAAAUUAAAGUCCCCAUCUGUUUUUAAAGGGAAAGCCGGUAAGAUUUCUGAUGCCAAAUUCGACAUUGACCUGAAAGAAGACGUGGAGGAUGUGUACAUGUGCAAGGAAUCUCCUUCUUCAGAGUUCAAGCAUGUGUUUAGGAAUAAGGCCAAGAGACAUUCAUUUGCAGGACACACUGCAGACUUCUACUGUUCAUUUGAGGACAUAGGCCCAGCUGCAAGCCCAGAGAAUGUCCAGCAGGAGACCAAGGACACCGUUAGCAACCAAAAUGGGUAUAAGUUGUCAGAAAGAGUCACGUAUACAAAAAAAUCUCACCCCAACGUCUCAAACUGCAACAAUUCGUCUGUGGUGGAACAGGAAUCCUGCUACGUGAAGCACAGCCUCAAGAUACCUCAAAGAAGACGAUGGUCAAAGGGAGGGGAUGUUUUGAAUUACCUAAGAAGAAUUUCCAUCAAAGGAAAAGGAAGUCAGACAUUGGCAGAGAGUAGCUUUGAGUCAAUGAAUACCCUGGACAAAACCAUUGAUUCGGACUAUGGCUCGGUCAGCUUUGAGCUGCAGGUCAAAGAUUUGAACUCUGCACCUGAACAAACGGGCCUCGAUGGCAAAAGCAGCCAUUUUCGAGGCCUUCUCCGAUUUUUCAACAGUGUGGCUGAGACAGCAAUGAAAUGGAGAAACUCGUCGCGCUCAUUCUCCCCGCCUGAAGGACAGCAGUCGCCUCUUCAUUUGAGAACAGAACAGUCAGGAGAGCUCAUCCCCAAUAUGCCAAUCAGGAGUGCGCACAAAGCCGAUACCUCAGAUCACUGUAAAUCUACGUCAUCUACUGACAUCAGUGACAAGGUGGAUUGCUCUCCUCCUGUGGUGCUGAAAGCCUGGAGAACUUGCCCAGACUCUCCGAGAGAUAGCAAUUCCCUGUGUAAUAACUCGGAUGAAUCCCAGUCUCAGCUCAGCUCGACUCAUAUCUCUCUUGCCACCAUUGAGAGCCACCCAAGAUAUGAAGAACCAGAUACACCAAAAGAAAACUCUGUGAUCUCACGUCACUUAUCUAGCAAAAAUGUUGACGAAAACCAAGAUGUUUGCACAGAUCGGAAAAAGAUAACAAACUGCCCGGAGGACAUUUUUAAGACCCUCUCGCGCCCUCCUGGCCAGUCGCCUGCAGAUCCUCCACUUAAAGCUCUGCUUCAGCGGUGUUGCUCACUGCCGCUGCCAACCACUCUCUCGGCACUAGAGCCCAUUGCCCUGACAAAUGUGCUCACUCCUCCAGUUAAAUCGAUGGCUAAAUCAGGCAUUCUCCGUGUGAGGAACAGCAGCACAGGAUCCAACAGACGGAGGCUGUUUAGACCAGGAUCUGGACCACUGCAUGUAAACAUGUUGAUCAGCGGAGGUUCAGUGGUCAGCGCAGAGGCAGUAUGGGAUCACGUGACGAUGGCCGAGAGGGAGUUGGCGUUCAAGGCGGGAGACGUCAUCAAAGUCCUGGAUGCCUCCAAUAAAGACUGGUGGUGGGGUCAAAUCGAUGACGAGGAGGGCUGGUUCCCCGCCAGCUUUGUGAGGGUUGAUCCCCACCCUCCUCAACCUUACACAAAACCAGUUUUCUAUAUCAACCCUAUAGCAACUCCAAGGUUCCAUAACACAACAGCAAAGCUAUGGGUUAACCAGGAAAAUGUUGCCACAGAAUCAACUGAGAGUGCCAAUGAGGUGCAGAAUGGACACACUGACCCGAGCAACGGCUGCCUGUGCAUUGGCCAACCACUUCAGAACCGAGAUCAGAUGAGGGCCAACGUUAUCAAUGAGAUCAUGAGCACUGAGCGUCACUAUAUCAAACACCUGAAGGACAUUUGUGAGGGCUACUUGAGGCAGUGCCGAAAGAGGAUUGACAUGUUCAAUGAUGACCAAUUGAAAGUGAUUUUUGGUAACAUUGAGGAAAUCUACAGAUUUCAAAUGGGAUUUGUGCGGGACUUGGAGAAACAGUACAACAUUGAGGAUCCCCAUCUUAGUGAAAUUGGACCAUGUUUUCUGGAACAUCAAGACGGUUUCUGGAUCUAUUCAGAGUAUUGCAACAACCACCUUGAUGCCUGUAUGGAGCUCUCCAAGCUGAUGAAGGAUGGACGCUAUCAGCACUUUUUUGAAGCCUGUCGCCUCCUCCAGCAGAUGAUCGACAUCGCCAUCGAUGGUUUCCUCCUCACCCCUGUGCAGAAGAUCUGCAAGUACCCACUACAACUCGCAGAGUUACUCAAGUACACAGCACAGGAACAUAGUGAUUACCGCUAUGUGGCAGCAGCACUUGCAGUCAUGAGGAACGUCACCCAGCAAAUCAAUGAGCGCAAAAGAAGACUGGAGAACAUUGAUAAGAUCGCUCAAUGGCAAGCCUCAGUGUUGGACUGGGAGGGUGAUGACAUUCUGGACAGAAGUUCAGAGCUGAUCUACACGGGUGAGAUGUCGUGGAUAUAUCAGCCUUAUGGCAGGAGUCAGCAGCGAGUCUUCUUCCUUUUUGAUCAUCAGCUGGUCUUGUGCAAAAAGGACCUGAUACGGCGGGACAUACUUUACUACAAAGGACGUAUUGACAUGGAUAUGUAUGCAGUGAGAGAUGCUAUUGAUGGACGGGACGACGACUUUAACGUUAGCGUGAAAAAUGCGUUCAAGCUGCACAACAGAGAAAGCGAAGAGAUUCACGUCUUUCUGGCCAAGAAGCCAGAAGAGAAGAUUCGCUGGCUGAGGGCUUUUCAUGAGGAGCGCAAGAUGGUCCAAGAGGAUGAAAAAAUUGGUUUUGAAAUUUCUGAAUAUCAGAAACGACAAGCUGCCAUGACAGUGCGUAAAGUGGCCAAACAGAAAGGUUUGAGCCAGAGCAGGUGUGUCUCCCCAUCGGACAUCUCGCCUCAUGGACCCUUUCUGCUCGCUGAUGACACACAACAAUCAGAUGUAGUCGAAUUCCAUGUUUCCAAAUCAGGACAAUCUCCAUUCUGGCAAAACUUUAAUAAGUUCGCAUCGAAAAAAUGGGAAAAAAUAGUUCACUCUGUCUAUGUGCUCCCAGCAAUGAAGUUCAAGUGUAUUUUCUGACCACGAAUCUCCAUCUGGAGAUAACUAACUCACUGACUGACAAUCAUGACCCUGAUAUGAUCAAACCUGUCAAGCGCCCAAACAAAGAUGUACUGUAUGCUGUUUCAUUCACCAUUAUUGUAUAUUGACCUCUUAAACUUCGCCUUGUGGUAUUUUGGAGAUGAAAUUCAGUAGAAUUGGCCAGCAUACGGUGCUCUGUGUCCUACUGUCAAUGACGGCCAUGAAAUUGCUAUUUUUUUCAAAGCUUUGUGAAUCAGACCUCUCUGUCUGCAGUUUAACAUUGUCAUGAGGAUACUUCUGUGUACUUUACAGUACCAUUCAUAAGACUGUAAGUAUUACACACAGUUAACAACCAAAUCGCCUAAACAGGGUAUUGCGUUCUAAUUUACAAAUGUGAUUUUGUCAAUCUGAGGAACACCGAGUUUGACAACACAAUUAUUCUUAGUAUUAGUUAACAAGCAUUAUUCCAGAUUUGUGAAAGUGUCACAAUCUUGUAUCAUGCUCUCCUCGAAUCUCACUUGUUGUGUGAUAUUGACUGAACUCAUUUCAUAUGAUAAAUAGAUGUUUUUGUAUGUCUAUAAAAGGUAAAGUAGAUUUUGGAAUUUGCCUCCAACGGGGGUUAUUUUUGAUUGUAUGAAAUAAGUACUCUGUAGUAAGCACACUGAAACAAUUCAUAUGCAUUGUAUUUUAGUUUUUUAUUUGUUGUUGUUAUUGUUGUUGUUGUUAAUUUGUAAUAGCUACUCUGAAUACUAUUUAUUAUAGUUAAUGGCAGAUAUUGAUACAUUGUUUUUAUGCAUACAGUAAUGUGCAGAAGUCUUGGGUCAUGAAUAUAUAUAUAUAUAUAUAUAUAUAUAUAUAUAUAUAUAUAUAUACUAUUUACCAUUCAAAAAUAAAGGUCAUUUAUUAACUUUA